CACGUGUGCUGGAGGCUGAAAGCGGCCACCGGCGGAAGAGGGUUUGUUUUGGUUGUGUCCAACGUGUGUCUCCUGUCCUCCUGUAAUGUGCUCUGUACCUGAACCAACAACGGACAUAAUGUCCACUGUGGACAGCCAAGUGGACAACGACAGUCCGGAAGAAGAGCCGAAGGGGACCAAAAGGAAGAUUUCUCUCUCCGAUUGUGGUGUGUGUGGAUCGGAGGAGGCCAAGUACAGGUGUCCUGCCUGUCUUGCACAUUCUUGCAGCUUGCUGUGUGUGAAGAAACACAAGGAAGAUUCGGGAUGCAGUGGAGUUAGAAAUAAAACUGCCUUUGUGACCCUCUCACAGUUUGAUGAAAUGGCGCUUCUGAAUGACUACAGAUUUCUUGAGGAUACAGGACGAUUUGCUGAUGGUGCCACCAGAGACAAUCUCAUCCGGACUCCUCGUUCCACUUUAAAAACAAAGAAGCUGGCAGCCAAUGCCAGAAAGAUGAACAUCACAUUGAGAUUCCUCCCCAUCACCUUCACUAAGAGCAAAGAAAACUCCACCUUCUUCCUUACAAAAGAAAGACUGUUCCUGUGGCACCUGAAGCUCAUCUUUCCUCAGAGCAGCACAGAGUUCAGUCAGAGGAGGGUGUCUGAUAAGCUAACCUUGGAGCAGAUCUUGAUCCCUUAUAUCCACCCUACAGAGUCGGACCCUGUGACACGUCAAAAGUUGAAGAUGUAUGUGCACACUCCAUUUGAUCAAGUGAAAGUCUUCAUGAAAGCAGAGGGGAGAAAGGCUAACUCUGUGAGGUACCAUGAGUUGGACAUUCACAAGAGCCUAAGGGACAACCUGAGCUACAAAACACUGAUUGAAUAUCCUGUGCUGCAUGUUGUAAUCAGAGAUCAUUGGAAGGACUAUCCACUGAAAGGACCAGCUGAACCUGCAACAGCCUGCACUGGUUUUGCAACAAAGAACAAAGGAAUGUACCAAGAGAAGGAGGAUGUGACCCAAGUUUCACCAUCCCUACAUGGGGCAUGCACCCCGGGGGAAACCAACAUCUGGACCGGAACCCCAGGGACCAGCCCUGAAACUAAACCCCCACAAGUGAAACGGGCCAAGAGAGAAGCAGGGGAGGAAGAGCCAGAGGACGGAGAGAUCGUAGACAGUAGUGAUGAAGAGAAAGAGGAGGGGGAAGAAAAUGAAGAAGGUGCCUCAUGUGUUAAGAGCUGCGAUGAUGCCAAAAGCCCCGCUAAUGACAUGGAGGUGAUUAAAGAUAAACCAACGGACAGUUAAUGUUAAUGCUAGUAUUAAUAAACACAGUGACAGCAGUAGGGAUCAGUGUAUAAAUUAGUUGACAGUUCAGCUGCCCGAGAAAGAGCUGAGGUCAGCAUGACUAAGGAGGAUGCUGUGAAAGAGCCGGGGCCUGUUCGUACCCGUCACUGUCAGGAUGCAAAUGAGUCAGCUAAUGCUGCUGACAGCUGUGGAUUGGAAAGAUAAUGCCCAGAUGUUCAGGAUGAAAUGAAUGGAGUCAGACAUAUCUGACAGGAAGUGAUCAUGCUUGUGUCGGUAAACAGUGGACCAAUGCAACCCGACAGUUGUUUUAAACAGAUUGAUUUAAGAAAGAAUGAUGGUUGUAUUGUUUGCAUAUAUAUAUAUAUAUAUAUAUAUAUAUAUAUAUACACAGAGAAUCAUUUAAGUGUCAUUUUUAUAAUUUAGGUUUAGCUCAUCUGUCUGAAAGCAUUCUUAAAUAAAGUAUUUUUUGGGAAACCAUUUUGUAUCAGUGUUAUACUCUCUCCAUAUCUGUGGUGGCUCCUAAAACUAGUAUCAGACCAAACACAAUAAAAGUAUAAUUUUUAGUUCAUCUCAUCAGUAUCAGUAACUUCCAUAGUACUGUACCUUGGAAACAGUGGAUGACUAUGCUCAUCAUACAGAUGACAGUGUGAUGAAGAUAUCUGUUAAUGUCCUGAAAACCCCUAUCGUAGUCAAUUUUUUCUUUUCUUCAUCAGACUCCAUUUGUUCAUAAUAAUCAUGUGAUAUGAUUGAAAGCUCCAAAACACCUAAUAAAUUGACCUUGAGAUGCCAAUGUCAAUAGUGGGCACUUUGAAACUCAAUUUCUAAGUCAACAUGGAUGAGAAAAAGUGUAGUGAAAAAGUGAAAAAAGGAACAUUCCAUGACAACGGACAAACUCUAUCUGCUAAUGAAGAUCAUGUGAUAUGAUUGAAAACUCAAGUACAGCUAUUAAAUGUCAGUAUAAAGCUUGAUUAUGAACAAAUGGCCUCUAAUAUUUGAUUUAAAGUCCUGUGCUACCUUGUGCCUUUAGUUUUUUUUUUAGCUAUCUAGGAUCUGUUUUAACUUAAGUGCAUAUGAGUAUCUUGAAAAACGCUUAAUAAAAAUGUUUUAAUUAUAAAUCUCAGCAGUUAAAGAGAAGUCUGAACACAUUACUCUCAAAAGUUCAUAUUGUGUUUAACACUCAUUAGUUAAUGUGUCUCUCUGUUGAGUAUUUGCUUUAAUUGAAAGCUA